AUGUAUUUGGCGCAACAAGCAAAUCUAUUAUCUCCUCAAAAUUUUUCAACACAAAAUAAUUUCAACAAUAAUUUCAAUUUAUCCAAAGCGUCUCUGUCAAAUCACUCCAUUAUGAAUAGUAAUACCGCGAUUAACAGCAAUCUCACUUUUGGGCAAUUUGGUCAAAAAACUUUCCCGGCGGUUCCAAUCGCAUACUCUGAGGAUUCAGUUUCAAAUCUAUCUUAUCCAUUCAGUAAGGAAUUUCAUGCAGAAUCAAAAACCUAUUUCGAGUCACCCAGCUACAAAAACUCUUUCUCAUGCUCGGGCUUCACCGUAGCUAACAAUAGCUUCAUGGACUCUUGCGCCAUGCAAAACGAGACUAAUAAUCAAUCAAUGAAUAAACGUCCUACGCCAAUCGGGGUUGAGCCACAAAGUUACCAAGGAAAGCAUGGCCAAGAAGUUUUCGCGCGAAAAGUUUUUGUGGGUGGUUUGCCUAUAGAUGUUAGCGAAGAGGAAGUACGACAAACUUUUAAAGUUUAUGGGAAUGUCAUCGUGGAUUGGCCUCGAAGACCAGAUGGUAACAGUAGACAUGAAGAAAUAAGAAGAUCCAUGACUGGAUAUGUUUUCUUGGUUUUUGAAGAAGAGUACUCAGUGCGGAAAUUGGUUGAUCAGUGUCAUCGUGAUAAUGACAGAUAUUACCUAUUCGUAUCUUCGCCUACGAUGAGACAGAAACCAGUUCAAGUAAGACCUUGGAAGUUAGCUGAUAUGGAAUAUAUGCUGGAUCCAUCGAUGCCAUUAGAUCCACGUCGGACUGUGUUCAUUGGGGGAGUUCCCAGGCCUACUAGAGCGAAAGAAUUAGCUGAGUGCCUGAAUAAUUUGUAUGGGUCAGUCUGUUAUGUAGGGAUUGAUAUUGACCCCGAACUGAAAUACCCGAAAGGAGCUGCAAGAGUUACAUUCUCCACCACUCAAGCUUUCAUUUCUGCAAUUUCUGGACGAUUCGUACACGUUCAUCAUGCUGAUACUCAAAAAAGAGUUGAAAUCAAACCUUAUAUAAUGGACGAUCAAAUGUGCGAUGAAUGUCAAGGAAAAAAAUGCCUGUCGCAUUAUGCUCCAUAUUUCUGCGGGGAUAUAAGUUGUUUACAAUAUUUCUGCGAAACUUGCUGGGAUCAAAUACAUUUGAAUAAUAAAAAACGUGCGGAUCACAGACCUUUAGUUAGAAUGGGAGAUCAAACUAAGGUUCUGCCAAGACCUCCUCAUCAUAACAAUAAUAAUGCUAAAGUUAAUCAGGCUGGGCGACAGUCCUACUUUUCUCGCAACAAUUAA